CACGCAUCCGGACCUCUCUGGAUUCUCGUGCCAAGAAAGUCUUCUUGCUUGAUCCUUGAUCCAUUCAGAACUCGGUCAGAUGUCACUGGGCCAAGCCACGCCACUAAUCCGAGGCUCCGAUCCCAGCUAGCAAGCUAGCACAGCCAUUGAGAACUCCCCACUGCAGUCAGGAGCAGAAGCUGCGCCGCCGUUGCAAGCUUUGCCGGCAAUGGAGGCCGCCGAGGACGUCGUCAUCGUCGGCGCUGGACUGGCCGGCCUCGCGGCGGCUCUCGGACUACACAGGAAAGGGGUGAGGAGCCUGGUGCUGGAGUCGUCGCCGUCGCUGCGGGCGUCGGGGUUCGCGCUCACCAUCUGGAACAACGCCUUCCGGGCGCUGGACGUCCUCGGCGUGGGCGACAAGAUCAGGAAGCAGCACCUGCAGUUGCAGAAGCUACGUGUCAUGCCUUCUGCUACCGGAGAAAUCGCACAGGAAGUGGACCUCACGCAACAGGGGAAACAACGAGGGCCCAACGAAAUCCGUUGCGUUAGGCGGGACCUGCUGCUGCAGGCCUUGGAGGAGGAGCUGCCGAGAGGCACCAUCCGCUACUCCUCCAGGAUCGUGUCCAUCCAGGACGACGGCGGCGUCAAGGUCCUCCAACUAGCUGACGGCUCAGUCAUCAGAGCAAAGGUGCUCGUCGGGUGCGACGGGAUCAAUUCCGUGGUGGCCAAAUGGCUCGGCCUCGCCACGCCGUCCUACUCGGGGCGCUCGGCGGCGAGAGGCUUCGCGCAUUACCCGGACGGCCAUGGCUUCGACCCCAAGUUCCUGCAGUUCAUCGGCAACGGCUUCCGCUCCGGCAUGCUGCCCUGCAACGACAACGACGUCUACUGGUUCUUCACCUGGACUCCUUCCGAGAACGACAAGGGCGUCGACGAGAGCGCGGCGAAGAUGAAGCGGUUCGUGCUGUCCAAGCUCCGGGGCUCCAAGGUGCCAGCGGAGGCGCUGGCGGCGAUCGACAGGAGCGAGAUGAGCGACGUCCUCGCCGCGCCGCUGCGGUUCCGGUCGCCGCUCUCGCUGGCCACCGCGAGCAUCGCCAGGGGCAACGUGUGCGUGGCCGGCGACGCGCUGCACCCGAUGACGCCGGACCUCGGCCAGGGCGGCUGCUCGGCGCUGGAGGACGGCGUCGUCCUUGCCCGAUGCCUCGGCGACGCCCUGCUGCUGCCUGAUGGCAAGGGCAAGGAGGAGGAGCGGAUCGAGGCGGCCUUGCGUGAGUACGCCUGGAUCAGGCGGUGGAGGAGCGUCGAGCUCGUCGCGACCGCCUACGCUGUCGGCUUCAUCCAGCAGAGUGACAGCGCCGUCGUCAGCUUCCUGCGGGACAGGUUCCUGUCGGGAGUGCUCGCGCGAAGGCUUGUGAGAAUGGCGGACUACGACUGCGGCACGCUCGCAAAUUAGCCCCACUACUGUUUCGUGUGUGUAGAUGUUGUGCUUGCUGCAGGAGCACGCCUACCGUUAUGUGUUACUAGUAGAAAUCUGUAAAACAAUAGACAUAGCAUGUCGUGAUGAUUUAGUGAUCUUCCGACGUGAUAUCAAGGUGAACCAUAUCUAAGAGCAUCUCCAACAGUUUGCUA